AUGGCCUGCGAUCCAAAUAGCCCGCGCGCAUCGCCCCUCUUCCGACGCCUCUGCGACCACCUCCGCUGGCUCCCCCUCGUCUUUGUCCUCUCCCUCCUCGUAUACGCCUACAUCACACUCACCCUCUCGCUCGCAAUCGGUUACACGAUCCUACGCACACACAGCCUCGUAAAGGCCCUAUUCCAGCUCCUCAUAUCCACCCUCCUUGCAGGCGGUGCAGCUUGGAGCUUCCUCGUCGCCGUCUUCCGUCACCCGGGAUCGCCAUCAAGCAACCACGUCGCCGCUUCCUCAUCGGCCCAGGAACUAGCACACGCCGGCACUCGUCCGACUCACUCGGCUAGCCAGCAGCAUGGCCGAGAUACCCGCGGCGACGACCACGACGACGACAACGGCGACGACCACGACGAACACUCUGGCCUGCUAGCCGCAGACGACCACGACCACGACGACGCCGCGGCCUCGGCUCCCCUCCUCUCGGCGCCCCUGCCCGGACAGCCCCAGCUGCCCGCUCGCUCCGGCCGCCAACAGCUCUCCGACCACCUCCGCCUCGCCUCAUCCCAUCACGAUCUCCUCCCUUCUUCCUCCUCCUCCGCCGCCUCCAAUACCGACACCACCAACAUCCGCGCCGCCUCCGACAUCUGGGUCAAGUCGUCGGGCGAGUCGCGCUGGUGCGCAAAGUGCAACGCACCCAAGCCCGACCGCUGCCACCACUGCUCAUCCCCUUUUUUCCUCUUCCUCUGCUACACCGCCCUCCUCUGCAUCUACGCCACGCAGGAGUCGGCCCGCGCCCUCGUCGCCUACGUCGGAAACGAGGUCGACGGCUACGAGAGCAGCCCCAUCACCUGGGCCGUCCUCCUCUUCAUGGGCUUCAUCUUUGGCUGCACCCUCGCCCCCUUUGCCGGCUACCACGCCUACCUCAUCCUUAAGAACCGCACCACCCUCGAGGCCAUGGAGGGCAGCGGCAGGCGAGCGGCGGCGGCGGGCGGCGCAGCCAAGAGGGCCACGCCGCCCCCCACCGAGGCCGACCGCGGAUCGACGUCGACGUCAGCGGAUCCCGUCUGGAGGAGCGACGAGCACCUGACGCGCGAAGAGCGGCGCGCGCUCAAAAAGGCCAAUCGGCUCAACGUCUACGACGUCGGGCUGCGGCGCAACUGGCGGCAGGUCAUGGGCAACGACCCCUGGCUCUGGCCCGUGCCCAUCGGAGAGCCGGUGCCGGACGGGUACACGUACCUGGUCAAUCUCGAUACGCUGACCGAGCUGGAGCGGCUGACGGCGUCGAUACGCAGCAAGGACGCGCGCCCACCACCGCCGCACGCCCCUCCCUCCUCCUCGUCCGCACACCACCAUCGUGGAGAUGGCAACAGAGCGGGGGGGGAGCCCGAUGAGGGACCGGGGUACGACUGGCGCAGGCCCGGUCAACGCACGCGGGGUGCGCACGGCGAAAUGGAGUGGGGCGACGCACCGCGCAAGUCGCCCUGGGGCGUCCUGUACGGCGUCGACGAUAGCGAUGACGACGACCAAGGGCCGAUUGGGUCUGGUGCGAAUGCCGGGCGGGGGCAGAGGCAGCAUGUACUCUCCAACGAGUCCGAGGGUGAUUCCGCAGACGAUGACGAUGACGGGGAGGGGGAGGGGGCAGGUGGAAGGAGAUGGCGACGUAACUAG